AUGCCUACUUCAAACUCCACAUUCACGACAGAAUCAAGCGGCCCGGAUGGUCGUCUGCCUCAGCCAUUCCACCGCCUUCACUAUUUAGACCUUGCAGUUGGCGCUGAUGAUGAUGUACUGCACGACUUCAUAUGUAUUCAAUUCCAUGCAACAUUUGAUUUCAACCGGCCAGUAAAACGUAGGUACAAACGAGGGCCUCAAGGACGCAGGAUGUUCGCCAUUAAAUCUCCAGACAUCAUACUCAAAGCUACUGUGUCUCAUCCGCCAACCUACGAGCUUGCCGAUGCCAUGAGUAAAAUCACUACUACUCUUCUCAGCCAUUCGCUCCCUCAGAUUCGUGACUCCUGGUUUCCAAACAACUGUUGGAAAACGGUUGAUCUGCCUACUAGACUACGAUGGAAUGCUACCACGACUGACACGACGUCCAACAACAUCUCCGAUGUCGAGCGGAUUGCUUUUAAACUUAACAACGAGCUCACGCCUGCGGAGACCCAUCCUGGUGUCUACGCUAGAGACACCACUGGUAGCCCAUCUUGCUCGACGUCGCUUGAUGCAUUGGGCCCUGGCGCAAUGGCCGAAAGUCGUCAGUUGCCUCAAGGUUCGGCUCCUGGUUACCCAGUUGUCCGAAAUCUCGGCACUGAAUGUUUGAACGGCUGUGUUGGUACCCCAAACACUCCUACCUUUGAGGACGUAAAGGUCAUCCUUGCCCUGCAUGAUCUUCCACGUGGUGUUGUCCGUGAGAUUCACUCUUGUGUUCUUCAAAGGGAAGGCUUCGAGGACACGCAGUGGCCAUAUGUUCUUGAUGAUAACUUGGUGCUUGAGCCUCGAAAAUCUGCUCUUUUGUACGCUAUCCAUAAUCUAGUGUCUUUGAUCUACUAA